AAAUAAACCAGCUGACCGAGAGAAAACAAUAUUGGCAUAAUAAUCGCAUCAUCCAAUUAUGCAACAAACUUUACCCUCAACUUAGGUUCAGUAUUAUAAGCGAUUAUAAGUAUGUAUUAAGAUUAUUAUUUGUGAUUCACCACCCGAAGAUAUUGCACACAUUGACAAAUUGAAAUUGGGGAAAUUGUUCCUCUUGCGACAUGAGUGAAUCAUUGAGAUUCUAAAACAUAAUAUAUUUAAAGGAAAGUUAAAUUUUGUUUAUUUUAAUGCCAUUUAUACUGCAAGCCAUGUCCAAUGCAAAUCAACAACAGCAGGGCAACUACAACACUGCUGCGGUUCCUCCGCCUGUCGUCAUUCCAAUAAGUACCAUCGACUCAGCCGCCCCAACAUCAAUUCAACAACCCCAAGCAGUGUACUCAAGUGGUGGCGGUGGAAUCAGGGUGCUAAUAUCAUCCCUCAAUGCACCAGCCCCUAACUAUCCACCUCCACCUUCAUAUGAAGAGGCUAUUAACCCAAAUGCUCUGCCUCCACCAGCAUAUGAUUCGCUUUUUGGGCAAAUCCAAGCAGCUCACCAGUCGUCUGAUGGAAUGAACGAUUUCAUUAAAAACCUCACAAUCCUCCUUUUUGGCACAAUUGGAUGUAUGGCUUGCAUUGGUCUCGCAGUUGUUGUUCCCUUCGCCAUGGUGAUCGUUGGUACUCUUUACUACCACGCGUGUCCUGCUGAGCCAAAGAUUCCGCUUUUUCUUGUGGUCGGAGGUGCCAUCACGCUCAUAAACAACUUUCCGCUUGAUCGUGCUGAUCCAAACAAUGAAGUCACAGCCCCACAGAGGAAGUCGUCUCUGAGAGCGUUUCUCACGCUGUUCUCGUUCACCUGGUUUGUUCUCGGCUCUUUUUGGGUCUACAAGCAGUAUAGGCCGAGUUACAACCCUGAAGACGACGAUUUCUGCCACCCCACCGUCUACCAGUUCGCAUUCUGGGUGCUCACGUCGUCCUACUUGAUUCUGCUCUUUCUGGCUCUUUCUAUAUUCUGCAUCAGCUUCAUGGCAAUCGGUGCCGCCGAGCGGAUGCAACAGCAGGUCUCAAGCCGGAGAUGAGGUAGGGUAGGCAAGGCAAAACCGUCAGAUUGUUCUGGUGUUAUUUUUGCAAAUUUGAAAUCUCAUGCUACACUAAAAUGUGUUUCAAUCUUAUCACAUUGUGAUGCUGUACUGUUUUUGGUUUGAGAUACAAUAUUAUUUAUGAUAGAGGACUAACGGAUACAGAACGCAAGUAUUUUUCUGAAAUGUGAUUUUAAAUUGCCAUUAUCUAAAUUUCAAUUAAACUAUUUUUAAUUUUUGUAUAAAAUAAUAUGAUAAAUUAAGAGGUCUCGCAGUCAGCCAGCCGCGCCGGCCCACUAAUUUUGUGUUGUUACUUUGGCUGAUUGUAAGCUGCGCCAGCCACGCUUGCCACCAGUCAAAAGUUCGAAAAAUCAAAAUUGCAGGACAAAAAUGGGUCAUUGAGUUCACUUUUAAAAGUUUGUCUGCCGAGCCAGAUUCAGAAGUCGACACAAAUCACAAAUGGUUCAAGCCAGUCGCUACCCCAAAAUUAAGCGGCUAAGACCUUGAGAAAAACGAGUUAGAUAAAUUCUUCAGAUAAAUAAUAUCCAGUUACCAGAACAUGCUGCUCUCAUUUUUGUUUUCAAGCAUUGCAUUUUUUAUAUCUGAACUUGAUAUUCAUUUUUAGUGUAGCUAGAAAUUAUUUGAAAUUGUUAACUCUAUGUUAUCUUGGAUCCCUAUUUCUGGUUUUCUACAUAAGCUAAGACAGAAAGAAUUUGUGUUCCUCAGCGCAGUUUAAAUUUCUUCAAUAGAGACUGCAUUUAUUAGUUUAAUCAAAUUAAUUUAAGUGUAAUAUUACGGAUAUUAAUUCAUCCAAUGUAUAAUUAUAAUAGUAUUAUCAAUGUGAAUUUUCAUUUAAUUAAUUCUGAAUGACUGUCGUAUUUGAAAAGUUAAGAUGUGACAUUUAUACUUGUACAUAUAGCUAUUUUGUAACUUUCCUGAAACUCAUAAAAAUUUAAAUGUUAUUUUAUAGAAAUGUGAUGUGAAGCAUGCUAUUAAAAACGCAUAUUUGUGAAAAAAA